CAAAAAAUUUUUUGACUCUGAUGAGGUUCAUGGGAGACCAGCCAGGCCUCAAAAAACAAGAUAAAAUGGAUUAUAUCUAUGAUAUCCUUCAGAGGUGCAAAGAUAAGAAGACUGUGCAUGAUGAGGUUUACUGCCAGGUUAUCAAGCAGAUCACCGGGAAUCCUAAUCUGGACAGUUGUCACCAUGGCUGGCAACUCCUCAGCCUUUUGACUGGAUACUUCCUCCCAUCCAAUACCUUGAGGCCUUACGUCACUGAGUUUUUGCAGCAGAUCUGCUGUGAUAGUAACCACCCCUGCUCAGAAAUAGCCAAGGAUUGCCAGAGCAACCUGAGGAAACUGAUUGCGUAUGGAGGUCGUCAACACUUGCCAUUUUUGGCGGAGAUGAGGGCAUUUUUGAAGGGCCACUGUUUGCGCCGGAUAUCAAUCAUCUUACCUGGAGGUCUGCAAUAUAACGCAAAGUUUAAGACUUUCACUGUUACAGCAGAAGUGUUAAAGGAAAUCUGUGAGCACAUAGGAGUUACCGAGUUGGAAGAGAUCAAAGAAUUUGCCAUCCUAGCCAACAAAGACAAAGGCAAGAUGAUAAGGCCUUUGCACCAGGAGGAAUAUGUCCAUGACUAUUUAUUAGAAGAAAGUUCAAUAGGACUACAUUUCUGCAGGAUCACUUGGAAGAUUCCAUUGCACUUUGAUAAUGCGGGCUACAUCAACGUCCAUUAUAACCAGGUCUUGCAGAAUUAUAUGACAGGAACAAUGCUGUUGCAGCACACCACCAAACUUGGGCAGCAGCUGGGCAUCUUGGCUUUGCUUCAGCAUUGGGCCAGGGGCUCUCCAUCGGUCCCUACAAGAGAGGAACUGAAGAAUUACAUCCCUGUUUCAAACAUCCACAUCAGCCUAGACAUUGUUGAAAUUGCCAUGGCUUAUCAACUGGAGACAAUAGAACCACUUCAGCCGCUGCAGGCACAAAUACGUUUUAUUGAACACAUGAUUCAGCUGCCGCUCUUUGGCUAUAAUGUUUUCUCUGCGGAGUGGAUCAGUGCCCCAGAUAUCCCUUCACCUUGCAUGGUAGGAGUGAACCAGGAGGAGAUUGUUGCAAUGAGCAGGGAAACCCAGAGCAAUCAGAUCGUCAUUCCACUGAACCAGAUACUACGGAUGAAAUCCUUACGUCCAACCAGUGCUGCUGGCCUUCCAGGCAUAGAAAUCAACUAUGGCACAAUAGAAAAUCCCAAGACUAUCUGCUUUGAAUUGAAACAGGCUAAAACAUUAUACCAUUUAAUUACAAUCAUCGGUGGGGAAUCAGAUUCCCAGGCCUAGUGACAACCAAGAGAAGUUGGCUGCAAUAUCUUUUCCCGGUACUUGAAAAAUACUCAUACUCUUUUGAUGUGUC